AUGACGAAAAUUACAAGACGUGCAUUACUAGACUUUAAACCAACGCCUAUUACAAUACAUAGAUAUCAAGAAGGAGCCAUUGUUUAUGGUAUUGAAAAAGAUAAUAAUUUAAUUUUUAAUACAGAAGAUCAAUUGGAUGAAGAAUCUAUUGAGAACUACUGGUACAAUGUAGAAGUUAUAAAAUUACGUGACCAACUUCCAUUUUCAGAAGGCGAAUUAAUCAAAUUUAUGAAAUCAUCAGAUAGCAUUAAUCUUAUUUUAAGAACAGAUAACUACGAACUUCCAUUUCUAGUAAUAUCCAACGAUGUUGCUUACAAUAAAAUUAAACAAAAAUACAUCGACUUUCUAGUCUCCCAAAUGCAACAAUAG